CUCACUCCAGACUGCGCGAAGUCUCCUCGAGUGUACCUUCCACUUCUCCCGCUUUUUCAACUAACACAUACCUUGAAGUUCGGCAUUAAUGCGGGAUUAAAGCCCCUUAUAAGUACUGAAGCUAGCGAUGCCCCGAUUCAGAGAAAAGCAAGUCCAGAAGUGAUCAUAACGAUGUUACUGGCGCUUACAUUAGUGAAUUUGUGUUUUAAAGCAGAUGCCCAUCGCUGCCGCAACAGGAAGUAAAAGCGCAUUUUUCCAAUCGCACAAUAUGGGACUUCAACACUCCAAGAAAGAGGAAAAGAAAUCAAAGAAGAAGGCAAAGAAGAAAGUUUCUAGUUAUGCUAAGAGUUCAUCAUUAUUCGACGGUGGCUUUGACAUUGACAUAAGUCAUGAUGACAGUGGACUUUCAAGUGGAGGACACUGUAACUUUGGAGACUUGAGUGGAGGGGACUGUUACAGCGGAGGGGACUGUUACAGCGGAGGGGGGUGUGACAGCGGAGGGGGGUGUGACAGUGGAGGAGGAGAUUGUGGUGACAGCGGAGGAGGUUAUGACGGCGGAGGAGAUUGUGGUGACUGCGGAGGAGGUUGUGACUGAAAAUUUAACAAGACAAAACUUUAAUAUCUGCUUUCUUGUUUUUAAUGUUUGGCCUUAAAAUCUAAAUGUUUAUGCGUAAAUCAGUUUAUCAGUAAAAGUUGAUCUACAAAAACAAUGAA